AGCCAUUUGGAGUUUCACUGUGUGUAUUCAGACAUUCAUGGCUUAAUCUUUGAGACAAGCAUAUGCUACUGGCAAGAUCAACCAGCUGUCCUGGAAGUGCAUUCUAAAGAUAUACACAGAAGAGGGAUUUCUAUUCCGAGGAACAUUAUAUUGUCUGGGACUAUUCUCUUUUUGGUCUAUUUUAGUUUGACGAAUCUGUUUCUUCACGACGCCGCUAACUGUUCUGAUGCUGGGAACUAAAUUUGUUUUGUAUUCUUGAACAUAGAGAGAUAAGGCAGGCUGCUCUGUUUAUACUGUGAUGUCAUCAAGCCUGGAAUAUUAACCCAAUUGUUGCUGAAAUAAGAAGUGGUUCUUCUUUAUUUUUGUUUUGCUUUGUUUUCCUGGUUUUAAAAAAUGGCAAUCAAGAAAGUGGCUGAGAAUCUGGAAGUAAUUAUGUUUCAGAAAAUAAUGGAUGAGAUUGAGAUAACGAAACAAACCCUGCGACAGGGCAGUAAGGAGCUGAAAAUUGAACUGAGCAAAAUGACACAGGAGCUUAAAGAAAUAGGGGAUCCUGUGAGAGAGGAGAAUGAGAUCAGAGAUGAGAAAAGAAAAAAUAAAGGGAAGAUACAAGCCCUGGAGAUUGGAACAAAUAUGGAAUUGGAAAAAGAUCUGGAGUUUAUGGAUAUUAGAAAUAAAAUCUAUUGUUUGGAAUUUAACGUUAUCUCUGAAGAAAUUAAUGAAGAUAUUAGAGAUAAAGUUAUCAAUGGCUUGGAUAAACUUCUGGACUGGAAUGACGUGAUGGAGCUUGAUAUAGAGAAAUUCUAUGGAAUUAACAGCAGCCAUGUGACAAUGGAAAAACUCUCAAGAGAUGAGCCAGUGCAUUUUGUAAAAAAGAAGAACAGAGAUAUGACUUUACAACAAUAUUUCAGCAACUUAUUCAGAAUUGAUGGCAAGAAAAUAUUUGGGAUAGAGGAAAUUCCCAUUAGACUCUUAUUAUAUGACUAUGGCUAUGACAGCAAGAUUAUUAUGGAAUACUGAUAAUGGAAGAUUGGACACUGAAAUUACUGGACUUAACAGGACUAUUGAAGAUGGAAGAUGGAAUUAAUAGGGAUAAUGGAAUAAUGGCUAUUGAAAUUAUUGGACCUAACAGAUUUUGAUGAGAUGGAUUAAUCGAUAUGUUUAUUUGGACUAUGGUUAUGACAAUAAGAUUAUUAUUAUUAUU